CGCUGCUGCCUCCGCAGCGGCCGGAAACAAUAGUGGCGGAGCCGGGAGCCGCGAGCCGCACGGGGCACUAUGAACGAUGAGGAGCAGUUUGUCAACAUUGAUUUGAAUGAUGACAACGUUUGCAGUGUUUGUAAGCUGGGAACAGACAAAGAAACCCUGUCCUUCUGCCACGUUUGUUUUGAACUAAAUAUUGACGGAGUACCAAAAUCUAAUCUCUUGCACACCAGAUCAUUAAGAGGCCAUAGAGACUGCUUUGAAAAAUUCCAUUUGAUUGCAAAUCAGGAUUGUCCACGAUCUAAGCUUUCAAAAAGUACCUAUGAAGAAGUUAAAACCGUUUUGACUAAGAAGAUAAACUGGAUUGUACAGUAUGCACAAAAUAAGGAUCUGGAUUCAGAAAAUGAGUGUUCUAAAAAUCCCCAGCAUCCCCUCUUUAAUUUCCAGCAUAAACCGGAUAAAAAGUUACUCCCACAGUUUGACUCCCAAGUACCAAAGUAUUCUGCGAAAUGGAUAGCUGGAAGUCCAGGUGGCCUUGCAAACUGCACACAAAGAAUUUUGGAACAGAGAGAGAACACAGACUUUGGACUUUCUGUGUUACAAGAUUCAGGUACCAAUUUAUGCCAUAAAAGUGUAUUGUGGCCACAUAGUCACAACCAGGCACAGAAAAAAGAAGAGACAAUCUCUAAUCCAGAGGCUAAUGUCCAGAUGCAGCACCCACAAUACAGCAGAGAGGAAUUGAACUCGAUGUCUCUUGGUGAGGUAAAGCAGCUGAAUGCAAAGCUCCGACAGCAAAUACAGGAGGUUUUUGAAGAGUUAACACACCAAGUACAAGAAAAAGAUUCUUUGGCCUCAGAGCUCCAUGUCCGCCAUGUUGCCAUCGAACAGCUUCUCAAGAACUAUUCAAAAUUACCAUGCCUGCAAAUGGGAAGGACACCUACCCACAAACAGCCGAACUAAACACACUUACUUCCUAUGCCAUGUCAUGAAUUGGUCUGCCACGUGCAAACUUCAAAGAAGUUGAAGAAAGUUGUGGUCCAUUUUUUAUAGUCAUAAAAUUUACAGAGCUGAAGGUGAUAUUUAGCAUCUUUGUGAAAUAAAACAGACUGUUACUCUCUAGUCUUCUAGGGUUAAUUGUUUUGGUUUAUUUGGGGAAUUUUUCCCAUAAUUACUAAUGGCCCUCCCUAACUUGUACCACAUGUGACUACUUAAAUAUACUGUUACAGUGUAAUUUUAUUAUACAUAUUUUAAUGUAAUUCACCUCUCAAACAAUAGCAAGUUAACAAACUUCUUAAAUUAGUCUGAACUCUAAUGGUAACUUGUAAGAGGGAAAUGAAUUUCAAUAAUAUCACCUUAUUUAUUAUGAACAAUAUUUUACUAUGAAAAUUUUAUAUAUAAAGUGCUAUUUUAGGUAUCUUUCCAUUCUCUUUAUAAAUGUGUAUUUGAAUGGUUCUGUAUAUGUAAAUUUCAUGUGUGAGUAUGUUCACCCAUAUUUUAGAUCACUGCAUUUAUUCUUCUAAUACACCAUUUUUACAAUUAUUGUUAUUUUCCAAAGAUAAAUGUAUUUUGGAAUAAAAAUAUAUCUAGUUGAAUUGUUUUAACCUCUUAAGAAUUCUUAUGAAAGAGGAAUUAACUUUUUAAAGCCCAUAUCCAAGAAAAUAAAAAACAUUAUUUUUUUCUAUCAAAAGCAAUUCUGAAUUAGUUCAGGAAGAAAAUGCUAAUCUAGUUUUUGUGUGUCAACUUGUCCCCAUGGAAUUUUGUAAAAGACUCUUCUACUUCAUUGUUACUUUCAUUCUGAAUGGUUUGUUAGACAGAAUUAAGCCAAUCUUCUUCUACAUCAAAUGUAGUUAUCUACCAUUGCAUUGAAUUUACUGCAAAAUUGUCCUAUCUUUAAAAGAAAGUUAUUCUGUGUACCACUUCAGAUGAAGUUUUAAGAAUCCUUAAACUGUCCAAAUUCUGUUAUCAACAUCAUUGAAGUUAGUGCCCAAAGAAAGCAUUGUGGGGUAUUUUAAUAAACUUUAAAAUCCAGGAGAAAAGAGAAGAUUGCUUGACACAAAAUAAACAAAACUAAUUUUAAAAAUUAUCCCUUAAAAAAUUACCCCUUAUCCUUAUUUAAAAGGAUAGUCUUAAAAGUUGCCUAUGAUGAUUCCAAAGAGUUCUUAACUAAUAAAUGUGUGUCAAACCUCCAGAUAAGUCUUUUAAUGAUGUAUUAUAAUAAAAACUAUCACCGAUGCAGAAUUAAAAUGGGCUCUAAAUUCUGUUUUCAACUGGUGCUUAGAAUGUGUUCAUGAAAUAGAGCCUUUGCUUGAAAGGAUCUACAGAAAAGCCCAUUAACUUAGCAGCUUCAUGCAUAAAGAUAUGAGUGAAUGACUUCUGCCUUAAAUUUGGCAGCCUGCCCUGGCCUGGGUCAGAUUUUAAACUUGAACACAGUUUUUGACUAAGCAAAGAAAUGUCUCAUUCUAGUAGAAAACAAUUUUCUUGUAAUGCCAAAAUGAGUUGGAUUUGCUUAGAUGGGGUGGGGGGGGGGCAGGUGCAGAGGUUUUAACUGAUAUCGCGUUGAUUUUGUUUUCUUUAUAGUAAGACAUAACUGCUUUAUGGAGGGAGCUUUUGAAAGUUGCUUUCAAUUUCUCUGGAUCCUUUACAUUAUCCAAAACGAAUUUAAAAUCCAGGGAGUAGGGAUGCAUUGCCUUAGUUUUGAUAAGCUUUAAAUUGAAUGAGUGCAAUAUCAAAAUCUAUAAAUUUACAAGUUGAAAAAGACAUUUCCUGGUGAUGCCAGUAUCUUAGUGAUUAGUUGUUAAGGUUACAUUUUCAAACUUAACUUUACAUUUGUGGCAUAAUUCACUAAGAAUGUGUGCUAGUACACAUUUCUGCUUCUAUUUAGAUCACUUAGGGACAGCCAUGAACGUUUGGGAUGUGUUGCUUUUGAUACCAGUAAUAACUUAUCUCCCGAAUAUGAGCCAUAUGGUGCAUUCCUGAUACAACAGUGUUAUCCAAAGAAAGUGCUUUUUUCUUAAAGAGCUUCUGGCAAAUAGGUAGUUCUCCUAAUGGACUUGGAACAAUUGGAUAGGCUUGUACAUGUACUUUUGAUUUAUUCCAUUUAAAUAUUCCUACUUAAGCUCUUUGAAGGAAAGGUGCUCUUAAAAAAUGUCUGCUGGUACUCUAGUACUUUAUUCAGAUGAAUAUUCCAGUAAAUUAACUUGUAUUUUGUACAGCAUUUAUCCAAAUAUUUGGUGAAUUUAUAUUCCUUUUUUUCUUAAUUAAAUAUACAAUUGUUGAAUAUUCUAAAAUAUGGGUAAAAGACAGAGUUGAGCUCUUCCUUGAGAGGAAAAAAAAAUACCACAGAUACUGGUUACCAUACUCUGCUGUUCUGUGUAAUUUCAGUGUCAAAAAUGGCAAAAGAGAGACUGCCAUUCAUUCAUUACUAUAAUUAAGGGGAGUGAAAUAAAACAUUUUCUUUUUGCAUUAGAUUUCAUAGACAAGUUGGGUUUAAAAAAUUAGCUUGAAAUCAAAAGUGAUUUUGAUAAACACAAUGUGAUUACACACUCCUUAAAACUUUAAUAUCUGUUCAACCUUUUAAUUAAGCUAACAAUUUCUACUUUGAGGUUAUCAUCCUUUGAUCCUAAUUUUUAAUAGCCAAAUUAGUCUUUUUUAAAAAAGAAGACAUGCACUAAGUAAACACAAAUAGCUGAUGUAGGUAGCAGAAUGUUCCAUUAUAUAGUUUCUUGUGCACAAUGUUGGAGCAGAGAAAUGUUCUUAGUUUUUCAAAGUAUGUACUCAUUUCACCACAAAGUGCCCAUUUUUAUAUACACAUGAGGAUUAUUUUAAGAUAACAAGUUCAUUAUUGUAAAUAGAAAUGGAUUGCUAGGCAUAAGGGUGUAAAGUUUCUUAAUAAAUAUUGCUAUAUAGCUUUUCCAAAAAAUAAAUUUAUGUUGGAAAGUGAUUUCAGAAAUUUAGUCAUACAUAUUUUUCUUUUGUUAGCAUCUUGAGAUUUCUUGUGCAUUGUUCCCUUUACCAUAUUCUCUACCAAUGAAAAAUGGUUUCAAGUUCUUUUUUGUUUAUAUAUUUCUGCUUUGAUGUUUACACUGUUGAAACUUGUCAGUUUUUGCUAGAUUUUAAAAAAUGUUUUGAAUCUAUUUCUGUGUUAAUGUUUACCAGUUUGGGUUUAUUUUGUUUUAGAAGAAAUCUGCUUGUGUUAUUAAUGUUGUAAAUGUAAUACAAAAUGUAUAUGCUCUGAACUUAAGUAGGAAUUUUUAAAGAAUAAUUUGUGUAGCUUAGUAAGAGGGUCAGGUAGUGACUAUAAAACUAGGUUAUAUGACAUGUAGACUUUUAAAUGAUAUAGUGUAAACUUUUGUAGUGUUAUUUUUUCUGACUUAUGAGAGUUUACUGCUGUUACUAUUGCUUAUAAUGAAGUAAGAUAUUUGAGUAUUUUAAGUAUACUUAUGAAAAGUUCCGUAUAAAAUUUUUAAAAAGCUUUUCUUCAGAUGUGUCUAUAAAGCAGAGAUAAUUGAUUUUGUUUCAGAGUUUAAUUGUAUUUGGUGGAAAUAAUUAUUUGAGGAAAUUUGUGGUUGGGUAUUGAGUAUUGGCCUCCAAUUUUCAAAAAAAAAAGUGUUAAUUGAAUUUCCUUCAACUCAACAUUAAUCAAAGGGAAUUUUAGUAAAUGUGUGUUUAUUCCUCAAUAAAUGUAGACAUUGCAUUCUACUGCCUCCAUGUCGGCAGAUUUGAAAUUGCUUAGUAGUGACUUCUGUUAACUGCCAUUCCUGACUUUGCAGUUUGUGUGCUAACCUUUAAAUUUGAGGAGCAUAUCUGUGUUCAUUGAACUUAAUCUCUUUGGUGUUAGAAAUUUAUUUUACAAAAUUGUGCUAAGAUGUUUGGAAAAAGAAAAGCUGCUGUAGGAAAAAAGAAGUUGGUUUUAAAAAGGUUUAAGACUUUAUCUGUUUUCUUUUAAAACUGCAAUAAUUUAUAUAUUUGUAUUGCUCUGCUUUGGAAGUAUAACUACAUAUGCUUGUCGAUUAUUUUUAA